AUGGCUCAUAGGAAGAGGCCGGGGACCAGCGGAGGAAACAGUAUGGCUGCUCCAGGCCCCGCCUCCUGUCCCACCCCUCAACGUACUGAGUCGAGUGAUCUGAAAGCCCUCCCCCAACGGCAACGCCCAGUUCGUUACCCAAAAGAGUCACAUGAACCGAAACCCCUCCCCCGUUCCUGUAAGGCACAAUAUUCUUCUCCCAAGUCUCACGACCCGAGUCCCAGCCAUCCAGAAGUGGAUGUAGAUGCAGAGGUUGAGGUGAAGCAGAACAGCAACCAAGCAGAUGCAGAGGUAGAGGUCCAGCGGCCAGCAACACCCUCCACGCCAGAACAUGACCAUGAACGUGGCCAAGACUACCAUGGUCGGGCCGACUUCCACGGUGGAGCUGACAGCCUGGAUGAUGACUCCAGCUCUGACUACAUUAACAACACCUCAGACGAAGAGGAAGACUAUGAUGACGGGCUGGCGGAGGAGGACGAAGGUGUGACUUACUACAUCCGCUACUGCCCCGAGGAUGACAGCUACAUGGAAGGUAUGGACUGCAGCAGCCAGGGAGACUGUAAACACAGCCAAAGCCACAGCCAGGGGGACUCCGUCACCAGCAUUCAGCCGGACGGAGCCCCCACUGAUGAUUGUCAGGAGGCCGUGGAAGGGUGGGCCGAGGAGGGAGAGGGAGUAGGCGAGGGGGAGGUGAGGGAGGAAGAAUGGGUGGAAGAUGAGGAGGGAGAGGGGGCAGUGAGGGAGGAGUGGACAGAAGAGGAGGGAGAGGAGCAGUGGGUGGGACGAGAGAGGCACAGGGUGGAGGAGUGGGGUGAGGGAGAGGGAGAGGUUCGCUGCGAGGUGGUGGAGCAAGAUCCAGAUGAACAGAUAUACAAUGGAAGACCAGAACCCAUCCUCGACCACCACCACCAUCUCCACCACCCACCCUCCAUACAAGACACCGUGCACACCCGGGAAGAAGAGGGGGAGGCAGAAAGCGAGGAGUACUGCCCCAAUGAGGAAGAAGAUGAGGACGGUGACGAGGAGGAGGGACAUGGAAGAGUCUACACUGGAGACUACUAUGCCCAGGAGGACAAUGGGAACUCAGUGCGAGUCUCUCCGUACCGUAGCCGUAAGGUGCUGGUGGUAGAGGGGGAGACGGGGGAGGAGGCGGAGGAGGACAUUGAUCAAAUUGUCGCGGAGAUCAAGAUGAGCAUGAGUAUGGGGAGUCUAAGCAGUGGCACUGACCAAAGCCCAGAGGAGUUGAUGCAGGACCCUGCACCAAGUGACUACCCUCACCCGAAGCCUGACGCAGCCCCCUACCCACAAGCUCACCAUCGCCAUGACAGCAGGCCCAAGUCCCUGAACCUGCCCUCCAUGCACCACAACAACCCGGACCUCCAGAGGGGCAUCAAGGCACACGCACGAUCGCCUGAAGACAGGCAGAGAUGGACACCAGAGCAGGUGAGCAACGGUGCAGAGCAACCCAGAAAACAGCAGCGCUCUGACCUCAACGUUCCCCUGGAGAACAACAAUGUACUAGAGCCAACGAAGAAGGCUACAUCGUUCCCCAGCUUUGUGGAUGUCCCAGGACCCUGCGAACCAGAAGACCUGAUUGAUGGAAUUAUCUUUGCUGCUAACUACCUGGGCUCCACACAGCUGCUGUCUGAGAGGAAUCCCUCCAAGAACAUACGCAUGAUGCAGGCCCAGGAAGCUGUCAGCAGGGUCAAGAGGGUACAGAAGGCUGCCAAAAUCAAGAAAAAGGCGGGUACAGAGGGAGAUGCUCAAACUCUCACUGAGGUUGAUCUGUUCAUCUCCACCCAGAGGAUCAAAGUCCUCAACGCAGACUCACAGGAAACGAUGAUGGACAAUGCGCUCCGUACUAUCUCCUACAUAGCUGACAUUGGGAACAUUGUGGUCCUGAUGGCGAGACGCCGGAUGCCACGCACGGCUUCCCAGGACUGUAUCGAAACCACACCGGGGGCCCCGGAGGCAAAGAAGCAGUACAAGAUGAUAUGCCAUGUCUUUGAGUCGGAAGAUGCCCAGCUCAUCGCUCAGUCCAUCGGUCAGGCGUUCAGCGUAGCUUACCAGGAGUUCCUGAGAGCCAAUGGCAUUAACCCCGAGGACCUGAGUCAGAAGGAGUACAGCGAUAUCAUCAACACCCAGGAGAUGUACAAUGACGAUCUCAUUCACUUCUCCAACUCAGAAAACUGCAAAGAGCUGCAGCUGGAGAAGAGUAAAGGGGAGAUCCUGGGUGUGGUGAUCGUGGAGUCGGGCUGGGGCUCCAUUCUGCCCACAGUGAUAUUAGCCAACAUGAUGAACGGCGGGCCAGCGGCUCGCUCCGGCAAGCUCAGCAUCGGAGACCAGAUCAUGUCCAUCAACAACACCAGCCUAGUGGGGCUGCCACUCGCCACCUGUCAGGGAAUCAUUAAGGGCUUGAAGAACCAGGUUCAGGUGAAAAUGAACAUUGUCAGUUGCCCUCCUGUUACCACCGUCCUCAUUAAGAGACCAGAUCUGAAGUAUCAGCUGGGCUUCAGUGUUCAGAACGGCAUUAUAUGCAGUCUGAUGCGAGGAGGCAUUGCUGAGCGAGGUGGUGUCCGUGUGGGUCACAGGAUCAUAGAGAUCAAUGGGCAGAGUGUGGUGGCCACAGCACACGAGAAGAUUGUCCAGGCCCUCUCAAACUCUGUCGGCGAGAUUCACAUGAAGACCAUGCCGGCAGCCAUGUUCAGACUUCUAACAGGACAGGAGACACCUAUGUACAUAUAA